GUUAGAACUGGAAUCAUCUGAGUGGUCAAUUACAUCUCUAAACUCUGAAACAGCUGUUGAUAUAGAAGAAGAAAGAAAAAUAGUCUCUAUUCCUGCUACAGUGUGGAGUGAUCCAAACCCAAUUUUAGAACUGUCUCAUCGAGUUUCUUCUUGGUUAUUGUUUCUCCGUACAGUGGUAUGGAUAUACCGUUUUCUAAAAAGACUUCCUAGAUCUACUAAUAUCUCUGCUGACGAUAUUAGUUAUGCUGAAAUACAGAUAUUUAAGGUUUUACAAAAGGUAUAUUUCUAUGAUGUCAUCCAUAGCCUUAAAACUAGUGGCCGCUGCUCGCGUUCUAUUCAAAGAUUAUGUCCCUUUCUAGAUGCUGAUGGGUUGAUAAGGGUUGGUGGUAGAUUAAAAAAUGCCAAUCUACAGUAUGAUCAGCAGCAUCCUAUUUUGUUACCGCGAAAGGACAGGAUACUUGAGUUAAUUAUUUCCUAUUAUCAUCGUCAUAACUGUCACGCUGGUCCAGUCACUUUAAUGGCGAUUCUUCGACAACGUUAUUGGAUAUUGUCGUGCCGCAGCAUAGUGCGAUCAGUUAUACAUAAAUGUAACUUUUGUUUUAAAGCAAAUCCUCAUCCUAUUAUACCGCUCAUGGGUGACUUACCAGACUAUCGUGUAAACGAAUCUAAAGCUUUCGUCCAUACCGCUGUAGACUAUGCUGGUCCUAUUUCAAUAAUUCCUUAUCGAAAACGUGGAGUCCGCUCUAUGAAGGCUUAUCUUUGCAUUUUUGUUUGUAUGGUGGUUCGAGCUGUACACGUUGAGCUUACUACAGACCUUAGUACCAGUUCAUUUCUUUCUGCAUUCAAGCGAUUUAUUGCGCGUCGUGGCGCUAUUUCUGUUCUUUAUUCAGAUAAUGCAAAGAAUUUUGUUGGAGCAAAAAAUGCAUUAUCAGAUAUAUUUACACUUACAAACUCGAUUGAAUUUCAUGAUACAUUUGCCACUGAGCUUGCAAAUAAUCGUAUACAGUGGAAGUUCAAUCCUCCUCGAAGUCCUCAUUUUGGUGGCUGUUUCGAAAUAUUUGUUAAGGCUUUUAAGAACCAUUUGCGUCGUGUGGUAGGUGAACAGUUACUAACGUAUGAAGAAAUGUUAACUGUUCUUACACAAAUUGAAUCAGUUAUCAAUUCUCGACCGCUUACACUUUUAAGUGAGGAUCCAUCUGAGCUCACAGCUUUAACUCCAGCUCACUUCUUGAUGUCAUCACCAGUAAAAUUUAUACCCGCUAGAAUGAAAGUAGAUGAUGAACCAGUUUCACUUUUAAAACGAUAUGCGUUGUUGGAUGGUAUGAUACAAUCAUUCAGUAAUCGAUGGAAAUUGGAAUAUCUCCAUUUGCUACAGUCGAGAACAAAAUGGAAUACACAAGUCAAUCCUGUCACAAUAGGUACAGUUGUAGUUAUAGUGACAGAUAAUAUCUCUCCACUUUCUUGGCCUUUAGGAAAGGUAAUGGAAAUUUAUCCCGGAAAAGAUGGAAUUUGUAGAGUAGUUUUAGUCAAAACUGCAACGGGAAUUUAUAAAAGGCCUGUUGUGCGUUUAUGCCCAUUACCGAACCAAUAAAACUGCCUACAAAACCGCUUACAAAACAACUUACAAAACCGCUUACAAAACCGCUAAUAAAACCGCUUACAAAACAACUUACAAAACCGCUUUAAAACCGCUGAUAAAACCGCUUACAAAACAUCUUACAAAACCGCUUUCAAACCGCUUACAAAACAAUAUACAAAACCGCUUUAAAACCGCUCGAUCAACCGCUUAAUACACCGCUCUCCAAACUGCUUUAUGAAUCUUUUACAACCCGCUUUACAAAAUCGCUUUACAAACCGCUAAACAAACUCAUAUAGUUCUAUGAUCUUUUUUACCAAUCGCGAAUAUCAAUUUUCUUUUCUCAUUGUUAUAACUAUUAUUUUUUUGUCUUUUUAUUAUUAUUUCUCUUUAUAAAAAACCCAAAGGUUUUUUAGGCCGGGGGCAAUGUUCACGCCAUCCAAUCACCUUAGUCCUCUCUGUCCUCAUUUUCUGUCCCAACCGCACCCGUUCCUUAAACACCACUCUCUCUCUCUCUUCAAUAUUAAAGUGUGGAAGGAGGGGACUAUGAGACUUGCGCCCGCGCCUCAGAGAGAAGCCAUUACCGCCGUCGCGAGGUCACGCUUGCUCACUUCUACUACUGUGUUUACGCUACCGCAGAGUACCAAGUACUUACCGCUUAAUAUUCUAUACGUGGUCUUCUCCCACGGAGACAAGUGAAGUGCCUGAGGACUAAAGGUGAGUGGUGUUUCCCAUAUUUCUUCUUCUUUUUACGCCGCAUUCCACUUGCCCCUCGGCCCACCUUUUCUUGGUCUCCGCCAUUACAAAAACGUUUUUUUUAAAUUUGUUGUUAUUGCGC